UAUAGAUAAGUACCUUCUAUCUUCCUUCUUUGUCAUAAAACAUUUUAAAUAAAAUUUAUUAAUGAACUAUGCAGUGGAGGGUGGCAUUUACUUUUGAAAUAUCGGUAUACACUGUAUCGUUGAUCAUGUCACUAGUCUUUAGAUUGAAAUACCCAUGCCCUUGUCAAAACUGAUAUGAAUUCCACAAAUCAAAAGUCAAAUUAGAGAUUAUGAGAACAAGUGUUUUGUAUUAGAUGUCCUUAUCAUUCACUUCUUUCAAAAGUGUUGGGAUUUACAAUGUAGGCCUAUAUACACGUCCACUUUGACUUUGUAAUUUGCCUAAAUAUUAUUAAGAGACAAAUUCAGACGUCUACCCAAAGGUAACAAAAUUUGACAAAUUAACCAUCAAAUGAACUCUUUAGCGAGUCUGAAAUACUUGACUUUCAGUUUGUCCCAAUAAGUGCACGUCAGAGUCUGUGGAUGCGUUGUUGCUUCUGAAAAGUGUUGGCCAAAGAAAUAUUUGCAAUUUUACCAGGGCAGAAAUGAGUGAAACGUACAUGUACAAGUACUGACAUGAGUGGAGUCUAUUAAUUACAUGGCAGGAAGCAUUCCAUACAAGUAUUUUUUAAUUUUUUAGUACAGGGGUGGGGACGACGCCCACUUUGACAAGGAUAGGGGUAUUUACAAGAGAUUAAACACUUCCUGUAUGGGGUGGGGUGGCUGGCUGAUGUGCAUCGCUCAGCUGUGUUAUGCUGAAUAUGUAGAUGUAUGCAUUAGGCCUACUAUUAAUCCCAGUCAUGAGAACAAUACAGGCUUCAAUAAGGAUCAAUAUGUCUCGAGACUCUCGACAGUACACAUACUUGGGAAUAUAUGCGUGGUAGUUUGAUACUCUUGCAGAAGAAAAAUGUACAUUUUGCAACUGACUUUACAAAUAAAACAUGGUGAUUGUAGACCUUGCCGGAAGGGGGCUGAAGAAGCUUGAGUCCCUGCCCACGUCAGAGACCCACGCAACAUGCACAACCCUUAUACUGGAUCAUAAUGGACUAUCACGCAUUGACAAUCUUCAGGAAUUCAAGAACCUUCAACAGCUGUCAAUUGGGCACAAUCGUUUGGUGCGUAUGAACGGAAUCUCAAGGCUGCCAACCAUCAGAGUCCUCAACUUGCCGAACAACAGUAUCCAGACCAUAGAAGGUCUGAGGGACCUUCCAGAACUUGAAUGGCUAAAUCUGUCAGGAAACAGUAUCAAGAGUAUUGACCAUCUCAGCAGUAACCUGAAGCUACGUCACCUUGACCUGUCGGACAACAGCGUCUCGUCGAUCAUGGACAUCUCUAUGCUCAGCAACCUCAAGACAUUGCUUCUCCAUGGUAACAUCUUAACGACGCUACGCAGUAUACCCAGCUGCAUUCCACACUCACUUGAGAUCCUCUCACUCGCAGAGAAUGAGAUAUCAGAUCUCACAGAGGUGUCAUAUCUCUCUUGUCUAAACAGUCUACAGCAGCUGUCUGUCAUGAACAACCCCUGCGUUCUCAUGGCCACACCCUGCUCAUCCAAUGCAUCACCUUUCAACAGCGGGUUUGACUACAGGCCCUACAUCGUCAAUUGGUGUCCAACGCUACACAUCCUAGACGGUUAUGCAAUCACACAUAAAGAAAACUUGAAGGCUGAGUGGCUGUACAGUCAAGGCAAAGGAAGAUGGUACCACCCAGGACAACACCUACAACUUGUGCAAUACCUCGGCAACACAUGCCCUCUCACAGUGGUGUCUGAGACACAGGCAAAAGAAGAUGAAAGGUUGAUGAGGAUCCUCCAACAACAGAAGAAAUACCAACAACAGCAACACCCCUUCCCAGUAGCCAUAGGUGGUCCUGACUCCACCCAGGCACAGCUUCCGUCUCCAUCCCCUUCAAACCCACCCCAAGCCCAGGCCCAGGGUGGGGCACAUGCGCCAUCCACCCCAUCGUCUCUCCCGUCUACACCGGUAGGCAAUGCCCCUGCUGGGUCCGCCAUGCGCCCCACCCGGCUCUCGCCUACCAAACUGACCCCCUCAAUGCCCGGUCAGAAGGGUGGCAACGGUGGUCAGAAGUCUCCUACCAAGAGGAUGCCUUCGCCUCUGAGGAGCCCUUCUCCCUCCAAGGUGCUGAGCCCCGGUAGUGCAUGGCCUUCAGACAGGAAUGAGAACUCACAGCUUCAUCGUAACUUCAAACCGGUGGGAGAGAACUCUCCUCCAUCUGGGACUGCCGAUGUCUUCCUACAAGAUAUUGAAGAUGGUGAAGUUGAUCAGCUAGGACCCCUUGCCUCCGAGGCAUCCUUCCUCCCACACCAUCCAAUGCCCAGAGAAGCUCAACAGACCAGACCCAACACAGCCUCAGCCCAACAGGCACAGCACCCUCAUACCACCAAGCAUAGCAAGGCCAAAGCUAACGUGUCGGAAGAAUACACGGAUGUACCUCCGACCAGACAGUCUCAUGGUAUCACAGACACAGCAUCCUUUGCAUCCCAUGUUAGAACCCAGUUGGAGAAGACCCAGAGCGGGGGCGACGCGUCCUCCCCCGUAUCCAAGUUCCAGGCAUACGAGGACCGCCCUGUUAAACCUCUGGCAACGAACAUGCUCAAGAUGCAGCUGGAAGGGAACGGGUCAGGCCACGGGAGGGUCACGAAGAAGGCGAGCACACCGACUCCUCGGCAGUCAUCGAGCCUCCCCUCGACCCCGACCCCAAGACACUCAUCCUCCAGUCUCCCCAGUACCCCCACGCCUCGCAGCCCACAUGACUUCCACCACUCGUCCAAGGCAGGAAGGGAGAAGGGCAGGGGACAUCUUGGGAAACGAGCGGGAGGGGGAAGCAGUGGGGAUCUCAGGGGAUCGUCCUCAGGAUCAAAGAGUGAUGGCAAACAUGGCAAAGACACAACCAGCUCCAGGAAGCAGGGGAAAGGUCAGAGUGGUAGACAUUGGGAGGUCAACGGCAACCCAGACUUUGAGAGCAGACCUGAAGCGGAACAGAUGACCGCUCAGGAGGCCUGGGCAGGUGGGGGUAAGGAGGAGAGCAAGGACGGGGCCGCCAGCACCAUACAGGCCAGCUGGAGGGGCCACCACGCCCGCAAAGGGGACGAGAAGGCUGGCCGCGCCCAGAAACAGAUGCAAGAACAGAGGGUGGAAGAACAUAUCAAGUACCUCAACAUGGAGCUUGAUAGGACACGUCAGAUGUACGAACAAGAGAAACAUCUAAGAGAACUGCAAAUGGAGGCCCUGAAACUACUUUGGAAUCAGGUGAAAACCCUGCAGGAGUGGAAGCAAGAUGUGGAUGGCAGGGACGUACCCCCCUCUGGUGGACCCCUCCCAGUGCCCCCUACCACUCCCUCCAUCAUCCCCUCACCUUCCCAGGGUGAUCCCAGUGUUCCAGGAUCCCAGUUCAAGGAUGCCCAGGAUCUCUUUGACACGCCUGCUUCAACCGUACGGGAAGUCCAACUGGAGAAGACCUGUAGCAGCUUACAGAAGCAGGUUGGUCGCCUUCAGGAAUCGAUUAACAGCAUCACAACCUUCAUCACCUCCGGAUAUGUGACCAACCCUUCAUCUCCUUCCGCACCCUUCCCUGCCACCCCUCUUCCUGCUAAAGACCAAUCGCUCACCCAGCCACCUUCACAGGCUUCAUCCAAAGACAAACCCUUGUUGGUAGCAUCAAAGUCAAGUCCGUCUCAGAUCACCUCCAAGCCAUUCUCGGAUGGGAAGAAGAGCCCACCGGGAAAUAUCAAUACCAACAACGCAGUACCAGCUACUGCUGGUAGCGUUGGAGCGACUCAAGGGGUCACCCUGCCUGCACCAUGGGAGGGAGCGAUGAUCAACCAGGCACUGAACAACCUUCCAGAAGGUCUGCAUCCAUUAGAUGUGCAACAGCUUCUAAUCAGCGCAGCAAAGUGGAUGUCGGAGCAGGCAGGUAUUGCAGGUAACGGGGCAGGAGCAGGUGGAGGAAGCAGCAACGCAGAUGCCACCAACCAGGCUACUCAAGCUGCCCCUUCAGUAAUCCAGGCUGGACAUUUCCUACCAGAUGAGAAGGACCAGGAAGAUGCUGAACCAAAGCCAACAGCCCCCACGGAGCUAGUCGCCACAGCUCGCUCCGACACAAGCAUUGCCCUGAAGUGGAAGCCGUCGUCCAUGCCUGGUGAGAAGGAGGGUGGGGCAAGGCAGCUCAUCAGUCCUAUCAAGGGUUACAAGCUCUUCAUUCAGCUAGGGGAGAAUCACAGGGAAGUGAUGGAUGUGCCCUAUCCUCAGGCCAUCCUGGGAGGACUUACUCCAGGAAGUUACAGAUUUUCUGUUCGGGGAGUUGGACCAAACACUGAGUCUGAUGAUUCAAAUACAGCCGAGGUGACAUUGCCUCAAUCUCCACUGGCCAAGAAGGCAUCCCCUGCAGAAACUCAGAAAACAAGUCCAGCAAAGCAACGUCCAGUAGCCAGUCCGAGGAGCAGCAAGGAGAACCAGAAGAAAUCCAGCUCAAAGACUUCCUCUGAAGCUUCCAAGGACUCCCCCAAGAAGUCUUUGAGUAAGAAAUCCAGUGGCUCUUCAAGCAGAGGGGAUGCUUUGAAGGACAAGUCCAACAUUGGCAGUCAGAAUGCAAAGAAUGAUGCUAAGUCAGCAAGAGAAUCUACUAAAGCAGGGAAUGGAAAGCAAGUUAUGCAGCCUGCUUCUGUGAAAUCAAAAAGAGAAAUGGACAUCGAUGCUGAGCCCUCUGUUGUGGACCUUGAGGACGGUUUGAAAGUGGCCAUUGCCAAGUCUGUUGGAGUUGAGAUGAGUCAACAGAUAAUUGACACUGCUAUCCAGAUGGCCAUCAUUGCUCUUAUUGAUGUUGGUCCUGAUGUGGAAGGAGCCAAUUCCAUUGAGGAAGACAAGAAAAAUGGAGGUGGUGGAGCAAUUGAAGUUGUUCCUGUCCAACAACUUGAAGUGUCGUCCCAAAAGGAAGGUCCACUGGUGGUUAAGCAAAGUAGCUUAGUAGACGGACAUAUUGGUGAGAAAGCAAAUGAUGUGCAGGGUUUGUCUAAGAUAGUGAAAGAGGGGUCGGGUGAGUGUCAGAAAGGUAUUGUUUGUGAAGCCGGUAUAGGGAAUGAAAAUGUAAAUGAAGCAAGCAAGUGUAAUGGUGUUCAGGGUUUAGAUGAUACCUCAGGCAUAAACCCUUUGUGUAAUGGGGACUCACAGGGUAGUGGCAAUAAUCAAUCUUUACAUUGCAAUAAGAACAAUACACACACUGAUUCUCCUUCCAACUCAGAAUUACAAAUGAAAGAAAGCACACCUCAGCCUGAAUCAGCAGGGAAUGGGUCAGAGCCAAAUCAGAGUUUAGGGAGUGUUGCUGAAUCUUCUAAAAUAGUUGAACAGUCCUCCACGAAAGCGACAGAAGAAACAGUGUUUAAUUUUGACUUCCAGGGUGGGAUCCCCUACCCUCAAUCCCCAACAGGAAUAACAGAGAUUGCCACCUCAGAAAAGUUGUUAGUUGUGUCUGAACAGAAGGAUGCUCCUGUCAAAAGUCCAAAGCCCAAACCCAGCCCUCGUUUGUCCAAACUGGCAGCCAAUUUCACUUCAAAAUCAGCCAGCAGUAAUGGUGCAAAUACAAUGACUGAGAUAAGCGAAAUGGAUGAAUCACACAGGGUGAGUGUAGGUCAUGAUCCUUUUUCAGUGGACUUUGAAGAGUCCUUGCCUGUGAGUGAUUGUGAUGACAGUGAAGAUAGGACAGUCAAUUUGAGAUUGGGUGAGGGCAAAGCUAAGAGAGUGGUGAGUUCAUCAAGCCUUGAAGACAGCAGAAUGUCCUCAGAUGAAGCAUCUCCUAGCGACCACAGUGCUUCCUCCAACAAAUCUUCCAAGCAGACUGUCUCAUUCUCUCUGGCUCCAAAGCCCAACAAGCCCAAACCAAAAGAGGCUCCUGUUUCUGCCAAACACAGCGAGGAAGCCAAGACGAACAGCCGCUCCAAAGCAGGAGAUGGCACAGAACAGAACAAAUCUGAUGAUAGGCCAAGCAGAGCCACACGACCUACCAACAUCAAGACAAUCCUCAGCCCUAUAAACUCCCCAAUGAUGCAGCACAAGUCUAGGAGUAAUGGUGGGUCAGGGAUUCCGAUGGUCCGAGUACCCUCUCCAACCAAAGGUUUCUUGAGGCUUGGUGGCGGUGUCCACCGUACCACUAGUACCCCAUCCUUAGAGAUUGUGAAGAGUCCUGGGGGAAAUGGAUCAAACGGAAAUGGCAAUGGCCAGAAUAAGACAAAGCCUGAAUCCCCAUCCACUGACAGCCAGCCUCAACAGCCUCUCUUUGCCAGGUCUCGCUCCAAGAGCGGUGGAACCACCCUAUCUAGCCCCAGCGGAGGGGGGCAGAGCGCCUGUAAGGGGCGCAUCAAGGCCGGGAAGAAGGGCAGCAAGGUACCCCAGAUCAAGAGAAGUGGCUCCGAGCCUAAUCUUUACCUUCAGAAGCAGCUGGAAGCGGAGGAUGAGCUGGAGAUGCAAUCGGAAGCAGAUGGCAGUUCUCCAAUCAAACAGCGGAGAGGUUCUGCUGGAUCACAGGCUAGCAGUAACAAGCAAUCCCGUUUGAUAUCUCCUGGCUCCAACAGGAUCUCCCCUCCUGGAGGUGGAUCCUCUAAGCUCCCAAUUAAACACAGCACCUCCACCCAAAACCUCAGUAUGAACGGAUCCUCCAGGAGUUCCUCAUCCUCCUCCAGCUCUUCAUCUUCUUCUUCUUCCGUCGCUACCGCUGCAGCCAAACGAGCCACCAGUCCCGGCCCAAGCAAGCGUGGCACUAGCCCAGGCAGGACCAACAAGCGAGGCACCAGUCCAGGCCCGACAAAACGUGGCACCAGUCCCGGUCCCACUAAACCUCAGCGAGGCACCAGUCCUGGCCCUUCUUCCAAGAAUCGAGCCAUCAGCCCGGGUAGGACACCGCGCACCAAGCAGGUGAUGUCUCCAACUGCAGGGAUGAAGAUGCCUGCAAGCAGUGUGAGCAAUGCCAAUAACAGCAACAGUGACGAGUGCACUGGGAAACUGAGCAAGAUGGCCAAGAUGUAUCGCAAUCUGCACAAGAAGGAAUUGAAAAAUAAUGAAGACAAUGCCAAUAAUAACAACAAUUGUAAUGACUUCGUGAGCGGAACUUCAAGCAACAGUACCCUAUACAAUGAUGCUACUGAUUCGCUAUUGUAAUGUUGAGGACAACUUCAUUAUUCACCAACCGGAAGUAUAAUUUUGUGCCUACUUUGAUACUUUGAGCUUUAGCUAUCAAGUUUAAAAGUUUGUUUGUACUCACACGUUUAUGGUGAAAACAUAUGUCUAUUCCUGAUGCAAUGUUGGGGGAUUUUUUUUGCACCUGAAUGAGGCUUCAGUGAGUGUUUUAUGAAUCAUACAUAAUUCCCAAAAUUGUACAAUUUAUGCCACAAGUGCCGUUGACAUGAUAAGGUGUAUCAUGCCCUUAGCAUGAUACACACUAUGCAAAAUUUGUUUUUUCAAAAGUUUAAUGUUGCAUGUAGCCAAUGUUUAGGGACUUACAAUGCUUGCAUGAGGUGAAGGCUGAUGGUG